AAUACACAUGACAGAAGUCAGAGUGGCAUUUCUAGAGUUGGGACUAAGUUGUAAAUUGAUAAUUAAAAGCUAUACAAUGGCAUUUAGUUUUCCCGGGUGCUAUCGAUACUGGAAACAGAACAAGAAUACUCUCUAGUCAUCAGUUGAUAGGGUUAGAGUACCAUUUUUGCAUCCUGAAAAAGGCAGUGAGUCGGGUUAAUGCAGAUCAUGUACAUUUUGUUGAGUUCAUGGAAUUUGAUUUGUUGGCGUGGGACCCAGUAGAUCCAUGACAAUUGUGCCGUUAUGUGGCUACGUGUCGAAGAAUCUGUUCUUAAGCAAAGGAUAAGCGCGUAUGUGCAUCCGGGAACUGUCUCCGUAGACCCACAACUUGACAAUACUAACAUUUCGUCAAAUGUAUUAAAUCUUUAAUACUAAAUUCAAGUUCUAAAUAUGGCAUCACGGGUGCCCUGUUGAAUAGAUUCUACUAAGAUACACCUACAUUUGCCUUACUUUCCACAGACUACAGAGAAUAUAGAUAAACGCUCUAUAAAGUUUACACAGCAGGCACGUUCUUUUAGCUCUUUGGUCGUAAACAGAUGCUGUCAAGAAGUGCAUUUAUUGAUUGAAAAUUGCAUUGAAAAAAAAAACAAGAUCGAUUAUUCAGCAAGAAAUGGCAGAUCCUAGAAUUCGUCAAAUUAAAAUCAAGACGGGCGUCGUGAAACGGAUUGCCAAGGAAAAAGUAGUCUACGAGAAGGAAGCAGAGCUACAGAAGAAUAGAAUUCAAAGAAUAAAAGACGAAGGGCAAGACGAGCACAACAUUCGGAAGCAAGAAGAGGUUCUUCAGGAGUCCCUGAUGAUGGUCCCAGACUGUCAAAGGAGAUUAAUCAAAGCAUAUACAGAUCUCAAAACUACUUUAGAAACAGAACAGGACCUCAAAGAACACGAGGAAUACAUUACCGCUGAACAGGUUCUCAAGGACGCUGAACCCCAGCUUCCAGCCAUCGAGUCAUAAUUAUCUCCUUUUUAUAAAUUAAUAGUAAUUUACAUUUAAAACUAAAUCAUGUAUAAUUCAAAUUAUUAUUAUUUAAAAAACAAAUAUGCAUUCCUUAAUGUCCCUCCACCACCGCCAACCUCAACACAAAAGUCAUCAUCAAAACAAAUGUCACCAAGAAUACAACAAGCACAAGUUUCGCCACAGCAAGGACUACAUCGACGGCCACGAGAUCAAAUUCGAGCUCCAAGUUAUAUGCCACCUCAGUCACCAGCAUACUUCACGGCCACACCCUCACUAACACCAAUGCUAUUACCUCCACCUCCACCACCACCACCUCCACCACCGCCGCCACCAGAAGAGCCGAUAAAAACAACUGAUGAAGAAAUAAUAAAAGAGUUUGAGAAAAAAAUAACCAGUGAAACAAAAAAGAAAACCCCUCUCCCCACGGCUAAUCAAGUGAUUACAAAAAUUGUAUCAUGCUACUUGGCUUUAGAUAAUCUAACUAUAAAGCGCAUGAAUUUAAAUAAUCUAAUAUUAAACGAUCCUGAGGAGCAUCAUUGGAAUUUCCUGAUAGCAGAUACCCAUAAUGACAUAGACACCAUCGAGAGGCUUAUGGAAGAUAUAAUUUCUUGUGAUAUUGAUGCUCUAAGAAAAUCCCAACUUAAAAGGAAGGGUAAAAGAUUACGAAUAAGAAGAGCAAAGCUGGAGAUGAAAGCAGAGAUAUUACAGAUAGAAAAAGACAGGCAGGAAAGAUCAAGAAAGAUUGAUGAGAAUUUGCAGAAAAUUAAAGAUGAAAUAGACAGAGUUAAACAGGUAACUAAAUUAAUUAAUAAAUGUAUGUUUGAUCACUCUCCUAAGAACAUAAUUUUACUCUUGUAAAAUUUCACAUGUUUUAUUGUUGGUAAAAAAAAAUUUUGUUCAGUUAAAACCUUAUAACUGAAAUUGAAGCAUUUUAAACACUAUCUUGCUGAGUUCAUUUUAAGUGUUAUGUUUUCUCAUAACUAUGACAAUAAAAUCAAUGAAAUACACUUAACUCACAUUUUAGUCACAAACAAGACAUCUAAAAUAAUUGAUACAUUGAAAUGAAUCCUAUAUCAACUAUAUAUAGGAUUAAUUUCCUAUCACAAUAUCCAAUAGUACCAAUAAAAAAUAAUAAUAUAAAAAGUAGGUAAAUAUGAUUCUAUUUUAAUAGAAAAUUUUAUGGCAUCCUCAUUCAUUCGUCAGUAUUAUAAAUUAAAGAAAUGUUGGGUUUUCUAAUCUGAUGAUAUCAAUACUAAUACUUUAACACUAGUUUUAAUAUAUUAUUAUGAUGUCAAUGGUUGUGUAUUAAUAUGAACCAGUUAUCUAAUUUUGGUCCAAAAUGACAUCAUAAAUUGUGAAGUGCACUCACAAGCUUUGUAUAGUUUGUGCAGUAAUUUUGAAAAAUAAAAGCUGUCAAGUCACCAAUUUAAUUGCUAAACUUAUAUUACUAAUUAAUUUUUUUAAUCCAUUUCACUGCAGAAAAUAUGUAAUAGUAUGGUUUUUGUCAGCUUAAUAUUUAUUCAGACUUACUUGUAAUUUACAUUGUUUGCAAACUUUUGGUAAAUAUGGUUUUUUCUUUAGAUAUGUACUUAAAAUUUCUUUUUAAAAGGUAAUAAAUCAGUUCAAAGCACAGGUACAACGAGAAGUGUGGCUGCCAUUUCUGCAUUGGGACUUCUAAGGGCUGCUAUACUUUUUUUUACAUUCAUACAGAAGAUGUUUUGGAUUGUUGAUAGUUAUCUGUUGGAACCCAUGGGCUUGUGGACUCACAGGAAUAUAACAUUUUUCAAUGGGGUUCAAUGAAAGUUUUAUCCUUUACUAUUGAUAAUGAGCCCUGGAUCAGUUUUAGUACCUGGGGCGAUAUUAAAAAUCAUUUCAAGAGAUUUAUUUGAAUUUGGAAUGGAACAUACCAGAUUUUCCCCGAGCACUACGUCAUCCUUCGAACAAGGUUUAAAAACAAUCCCUAGUUCUAGGCAGCAGCGUGGUUGCGGUUCUGACGUACAUAAGCAACGGUAACAGCAUAUGAUCAGGUAGGCCCUAAGCUUAUUUGCUCCGGAGGUAAAAUAAUUGUAAUUACUUUGUAUGAAUUAUCAGAUCUUCAAUUAAAAUAUGAUAAUUAUAUAUAGUAAUAACACUACUAACGCGAGUUUUAUUUGAAAAGUAUGUAUUCAAGUUGCUCCAGACUUUCAGAAUAAUCAUUUUCUCAUACCUACCUACAGGAGGAAGAGGCAAAACUCCAGGCAGAUGUGGUGCUCAGGGAUGUUCUCCGUAAAAAGCAGGAUGCCAAAAAAUGCUUGACCAAGUUGGAUACAUUGGUGAAACUUCGUGUAGCAAGGCAGAACACUGCUAAAGGAAGAGGAAGGAUUGUAUCUUGUAAUGAAAUGCUACAUUUUAGUUCUCAGAUUGGUAAGUUUGCCUAUUAUAUUGUUAGCAUUAUUAGCUCUUUGUGGAAGGACAUAAGAACUUCGAACUGCUGUACCGUCCUUUGUAUUUGUAAUGCAUUUCUUCAUAGCUGGAAUAAUUGAGAUAAAACCAGUAGGGUGAGUUUACAUUGACAUCUACCACCAGCACUAUAAAAUGCUCUAGAGAAUGCAGGCAGCUCAGGACCGAUCUUUGUGGUGAGGCUUGGAGGAGGCCUAUGUCGAGCAGUGGACAACUGUGGGGUGAAUAGAAGAAGAGGAUUUUAUGUUGUAUUUAAAUAAUAUAAUUUCAUAAAAAUCUAGGACGCUGAGUCAAUAAAAGAUGAGCGCAAAAACUUUAAUAGCAACUUUAAGUAAGUCCAUAAAUAAAUAAUUUCAGAGUCACUCAAAUCUCUAUGGUCAAAUAAACUAUCUAAAUACGAAACAGAAGAAGCGGAACUGCGUGAGAAACUGAAUAAAGAAACUAAAAAAUUCAUUUUACCUUUAGAGGAGGCCACAAAUAAAAUUGAACAGAAUUUGUUACAAUGGCAACAUUUGCUCUUUGGGGGACAACCCCCACAAGUGGAUUUCAAUGGAAAUAUUUAUAAAUUUAUAAAAACCAGGUAAUACUACACGAAAGUCUUAUGCAUGUUCGUUAUGUGUUAAUUGUUGGUGUUUAUGAAUGUCCAUAUUAGGUCAUAUGGGCUGACAAGGUUGUGGUCCAUCUGAUAUAUGUUUAUGAGAGAUUAUACACAUGAUUUUAUGAAUGUUACUACCUAAUUUGAGUCUUACCCUUCGUAGUGGAGCCCAUAUUCACAUAUCUGCAAUAUUGUGUUGUUAAUCCAUGGGCCAAUCUUCCUUACCAAGACAGAACUGAUACUAGGUUCUAGGUAUUGGAAGGUUACUUUGGAGGCGCUCGGGCAGCUGUUAGCAAAACCCACCCCUCCUGGCUGAGCCUUUGCUCGUCCACAUGUCCUGGUAAAAUUUUAAAGACUUUCGGGCCACCAGAAAUCUCAAACAUAAAAAAGGAAGGUUCUUUUCCUACACUAUGUGAUUUAUUCAUUUUGGAAACCUGUCUUAGAACAUGCUAGCUACAAAAGUGUUUCGUAAAAUUUGUACCAGUCACAGGGUGAAGGUGGGAUAGCUGACCUCUUGGUGCAUGCAGUGAAAUUUGUUUUCACCAAAUCCUGAACUAUCAUUUUGUCCGGUCAAACCAAUAGCAAAACUUUAUGGAAUAGUACAUGAUUUCAGGCCUUAAAUAUGGUGUUCUACAUUGAUCUCUUACCAAAUGUUUUCUUUUCAAAACAGUUGAAUCAUUGUUGUUAGUUCUAAUAUAAAAUUGUUUUUAGAGUCCAAUGGGAUCAGUAUUUGAGUCAAGACGGUAAAUCACUACCAACUGGAUGGGUUGUGCCCAAUCCGAGUAUUUAGAACUGUCAGCAUUUCACGCAUACAGAUGAAACCGGCUCAAGCUCAAUUGUGGAAAAUUUAAGAAGAAUUAAAAAAGUAUUUUUAUUCUGGGGAUACACGUUUUUGCCUGUCGCCACAUUAUUUUUCUCAGUUUUACUGAAAGCCAUGAACGGAAAGAUGAAGUGUUAUUGGAUGUUUGUUAGUGAUGCAAAUCUUGAGUUGGGUUAAUUUAAAACAGAGUAGCGGUUUUAAUUUUUUUAAUUAAGAAUGGAAGAUUCUAAAGAUAGUAUCUGAAUUUUCGAAUUAUUUUUGAAACAUUUUCGCUAUUACUGUGAACUACGUAUUCGCUUUUAUACUUAUUAAUUAUACUAUAUACAAUUAAAACUGUAACCUGACGUAAUAAAUUUUGCUUUAUUUUUAAUAUGUAACGCAUUUAUCAAUACUUAAAUAAAACUUAUUUUUUA